CUGCCUCAGACGGUCACCCGGCUUGAACGCUCUUACUUUGAUCGCUCGCACGCGAUCCAUCGUAGUGCGCAAUCAGUGAUUUAGUGUAUAUUGUUUUAUAUUUCGCAUGACGGAAACAAGAAUAAGGAGAUGAACGGCAGCACGACGACGGUGAAUGGAAGCGCCGUCAACGGUAACAAUGGAGCGCUCAAUGGAAUUGGUGCAGCUCCACGAACGGCCACACUUGGGACUCCAAGUAGUUAUGCCUACACAUCCACCGGCUCCCUGCUAGGCAGAGGAGCUGCUGCUAGACCUGUACCACCGCCGACCCUUCCUAAGUAUAGUGGAUCUUUUAGUGCAGGCAGCACAACAACAGGCUUGCGAGAACGCGACAGAGAUGGCACAGGAGGUUCUCACCGCCUGGCUAGCCUCGAAAGACUUGCUUUGCGGCAGCGUAUUAUUGAACAGAAUGCGAAUAAUCAGGUGGCAAGUCUGACAGCGCUCAACAACACGGCAGCAAGCAACGGCGGGCCCACCUCUGCCACCGUCACCCUUACCGACACGGCUACGUUACAAAGUAAACGAGAGCUGUUCUUCAAGUCUGAUUCCGUGAGUGGUGGUACGGGCCCGCCGCCUGGGGCCCCGCCUGCCCCACCUAUCGCGCCCUCGGCUCUCAAGGAUGCGCUGGCGAAGCGUUCCGCGACCCUCCCCGACCCUCACGAGAACCACCACGAGGCCAACGGCACUACACCUGCGGCUAAGCUCAGCAACAGUGUGUCGGUGGACUCGAAUUCCAAGCCACCCAACACGGCGCCUCCGCCGACACCGGCGCCGCCCGUGCCGUCUUCAGCGCCACCUGCGGCACCAGCUCCUCUUAGGAGUACAGAGAAUAUUAUGAAGAAACCAGAUCACCCACCAGUUGCGCCAAAACCAGAAUUACCUAAGUUAGAAAAACCAAAAACCAAAGAACUAGAUGGAUAUGUCGGAUUUGCGAAUUUACCAAACCAGGUGUACAGGAAAGCUGUUAAAAAAGGAUUCGAAUUCACAUUAAUGGUAGUAGGUGAAACGGGGCUAGGAAAGUCAACGUUAAUAAACUCCUUGUUCCUAACGGACGUGUACGACAGGGAAAAGCAACCCGGUCCCUCGCUGCGGGUGAAAAAGACUGUGGGGGUGGAAACCAGUGUGGUGUUACUCAAGGAAAAUGGCGUCAACCUCACUCUGACCAUCGUAGAUACGCCCGGCUUUGGAGAUGCGGUCGACAACAGCAAUUGCUGGCAACCAAUAAUUGACUUUGUCGAAUCGAAAUAUGAAGAGUUCCUAAAUGCAGAGUCCCGAGUUACUCGCAAGGCGGCGCCCCCUGACACCAGGGUACAUUGCUGCUUGUACUUCAUUGCGCCCAGCGGACACGGCUUGAAACCCCUCGAUGUAGAGUUCAUGCAACGACUCGGCGAUAAAGUCAACAUCAUACCGGUCAUCGCCAAGGCUGAUACCAUGACGCCCGAAGAGUGCAAAGAUUUCAAGGAACAGAUAAUGAAAGAGAUCGCGCAGCACAAAAUAAAGAUUUACGACUUUCCCGAGAGCACCGGCGAGGAGGGCGAGGUGGGCGAGGUGACGCGGGCCAUCCGCUCGCGGGUGCCGUUCGCGGUGGUCGGCGCCAACACGGUCAUAGAGCAGGAUGGCAAGAGGAUUCGCGGGCGAAAGUAUCCCUGGGGCAUCGCUGAGGUGGAGAACCUGGAGCACUGCGACUUCCUGGCUCUUCGCAACAUGGUGAUCAGGACGCAUCUCCAGGAUCUGAAGGACGUGACCAGCUCGGUGCACUACGAGAACUACCGCUGCCGCAAGCUGGCCGGCCUCUCGCACGACGGGAAGCCCCACAGGAUCAACUCCAACAAGAAUCCUUUGGCACAAAUGGAGGAAGAAAAGAGAGAGCACGAUCUUAAAAUGAAAAAAAUGGAGAGCGAAAUGGAACAGGUGUUCGAGAUGAAAGUUCGCGAGAAGCGAGCGAAGCUGAAAGAAUCCGAAGCGGAGUUGGCUCGGCGGCACGAGGCCACGCGGCGCGCGCUCGAGGCGCAGGCGCGCGAGCUGGAGGAGCGCCAGCGCGCGCUGCAGGCCGAGCGUGCGGCCUGGGAGCGCGACACCGGCCUGUCGCUGGACGAGCUGCGGCGCCGCUCGCUCGAGGCCAACAGCAAGGAAGCGGUGGACGGCAAGGACAAAAAGGAUAAGAAAAAGAAAGGUUUGUUCUAAACAGUCGCCCUUCGGCCAAGAGCCGGCCGUGACUAACGGGCGCCACUGCCGCCGCACCAGUAGAUUACUUUCUAGUGCAUAUUCUAAUCAAAAUCUAUUCGCGUUCUCAUAAUGCGGCCAAUGCGUUGAUCAGAAUUAUUCACUACGUACAUAAGUACCUGUGUUACUUUGACAUAAAUUUCGGAAUGCAAUAUAUUUAAAAAUCGAGUGAUUUUGCUGUUUAUGAUAAGAUAUACAGAUUAAAAUAUCACUGCGAUAAGAAGUCAUGAGAUAUCUCAAUAAAUUUUUAAAACUACAUACUUUUCUAAAUUUCUAAGAACAUUGGGUUUUUAAUUUGUUUGUUUAACCUAUAGGCUUAACAACAGGCUGUAACAUUAACGAGAUUUCCUUGAUUAUUAUAAUUGUUAAUUGACAAACCUAUUUCUUAGGUAUAGUGCCAUUAUCAGUGUUGUGACGUGUUGCUACAGUCACGUACACUUUAUGUGAAAACCACCCAAAACAUUGUUUUUGUACAUUUAGUACGUAAAUUUGGCUGAUGUGUGCUCAUACCACUUUUCUCCAAAAAUUUAAAUAAACUUCUGCUAAUUUCUGUCUUAUUUACUAUUAGCAUUCUGUUGUAAAUAUGAUAACAUACCUAUUAUAAAUUUUGCAAUUUACUAUGUAUUCGCUUAUGUAGAAAUUGGCUUAGUGUGAAAAAUAUUUUCACGUAAAUUGUAUUUAUUGGUUUUUUUAUCAAGUUAAAUUGUGUUGUCAAUUUAAUUCAAAACAAAUCAAUGUAAUUUUCAGAUUGGUCUUUUAAGAGUGUGUCAUCUGGAGUAGUAUUGUAAUUUGGACCAAAGUCUGAGCACAACGCACCAAUUUAGUUAAGGAGGGUUUAGCUCUAUUGUUAUUAAUGGAACAACGAUUUUAAAGACUACAGAAAGAAAUAACACUGUAUUUGUCAUUUUAAGGACUUUACUCAACAUUGAUUAUAAUCAAGAGCUGAGAUUACUUUUUACGUAUUUAUUUAUAAGAUUUUUAUUUCGCAAUUUAACAUUUUUUACGAUAAGUGAGGCCUAAUUUUAUACACUUGUGUUUCCAUAGCCUUUUUGUAUAAUAUUUUAUAUGAUUUAUUUAUUUGAAGGGUUUGAGAUUUUUGCUUAAUACUGAAGACUUGUAGCACAAACAUUUAUACAGCUUAUGAAUAUACAUUUACGUCCACAAAGAUGCCAAAUAGCUUGUAACAGUGGUCUGCUUUAAUCGGCGCUAAAUGUUCUAAAACUUCGUACUUUAAAGUACGAUACAAGAAGGUGGGAUCUGAAAUUAAUCCUGGCUCAACUACUAUACACUGUGAGAUAAAACAUAACAACUUACAACUUUACUGAUAAAUAUAGCAAUAGAAAAAUAUUGUUGAACUAAGUCGUUAUAUUUAUAAGUAGAGAAUGCGUAUUGUAGUUACUUGAAUAACUUUAAGUAAAUACACCAUUCUAAAUUUUAAUGUAAAAUUAGAUGAUUACAUAUUUUUUACUUCUUUUUAUUACAAAACAUAAGAUUUUGGCUUUGAAUUUGGCAUUUGAAUUUAAGAGUGGCGUUAAUGAUGUAAUUUGGCGGUCGUACGGAUCGUUUUGCGAUUUUGGUAUAAAUAAUUCAUUAAUUUGAUUUUAAAUUAAUUAAAAGGCAUCAUUUACAUCUACUAGACAAAUUAAUCUGAUAUAAGCAUAGUCUAGAGUUUAUCCAGUACGACUUGCCUUAAACAUUGAUAUAUUAUGCUUAGUAUACUGCUCAUAGUUCAGUUGUGACAUAGAAUCUAGCCCUAGCUAGUUAGCGUUCUUUGAAAUUAAAUAAGGAUUGGAAUGGAGAUGGCUCACUCACAAAAUUGCUAUGCGCCCCAUAAAAACAUUACUUUGAAAAUUUUUCAAACCGAUUUUAUAUCGACUAUGAAGUUUUAUCACAAUUUUUUUAUAUACAUCUUCCACAUAUUAUGAUAGAUUACUUCUUUGUUAAUAUUGUUUUUGCUUAUAUUAUAUAACAGAUGAUAUAAUAUCGAGUUACUCAACUAUGAAGUUAUUAUUGACACAUGCAUAAUCUUUAUUUAAUCGACAUAUCGUGGUUAAAUUAUAUUAUUUCCUACAUUACAGUAUUGACUUCCGCAUUAAAGUAAGGAGUAGAUUUUAAGAUUAUGCUUAAUUUUAUAUUUGUGUAGGGUUGCGGCCCACUUUACCAUACUGAUUUUUGAUUAGUCACAAUGGAUGUGUGAAGUUUGUUGGGUGAGCAGUGAAGGCAGACGAUGUAAUAUAUUGUACCUUUGAAUAAAAUAUAAAUAAAUACGUAAUAUAUAGGAAGAA